ACUGUGCGCUCUCCCGGACCGUCGUGCGCCGCUCCCCGUCGCCUUCCAGGACUGGGAAAGGGGAGAGGAGGACGGUGCCACGUCCGACGGCCUCCUGGGCUGGGGGCAGGGUCUGCCGCUCGCCCUUGGCACCAGUCCCUGCGACCCAUCCCCGAGCCUCGCCCUCCUCCUCCCUGCUCGAAGAGGUCUCCCUCCUUCGCGGGAUCUGAGUCCCUGUCUUCAUUUUUCUCCUAGCCACGUCCCUCCCCGAGAAGGGACGAGCCGGGAGCAUCAUGCGUUUCGCCUGGACCGUGCUCUUUCUGGGACAGCUGCAGUUCUGUCCCCUUCUCCGCUGCGCCCCGCAGGCCCCGCGCGAGCCUCCCGCCGCCCCCGGUGCCUGGCGCCAGACAAUCCAAUGGGAGAACAACGGGCAGGUGUUCAGUCUGUUGAGCCUGGGGGCGCAGUACCAGCCUCAGCGACGCCGCGACUCCAGCGCCACUGCCCCGAGAGCCGACGGCAACGCUGCAGCACAGCCACGCACGCCCAUUCUGCUGCUGCGUGACAACCGCACUGCCUCUGCCCGUGCGAGGACUCCAAGCCCAUCUGGGGUCGCCGCGGGUCGUCCCCGGCCCGCAGCCCGCCACUGGUUCCAAGUUGGUUUCUCGCCGUCGGGGGCCGGCGAUGGAGCCUCAAGGCGCGCAGCGAACCGGACUGCGUCGCCACAGCCUCCGCAGCUCAGUAAUCUGAGGCCACCCAGCCACGUAGAUCGCAUGGUGGGCGACGACCCCUACAAUCCCUACAAGUACUCCGACGACAACCCCUAUUAUAACUACUAUGACACUUAUGAGAGACCCCGGUCCGGGAGCAGGCACCGACCUGGAUAUGGCACCGGUUACUUCCAGUACGGUCUCCCGGACCUGGUACCCGAUCCCUACUACAUCCAGGCAUCCACGUACGUACAAAAGAUGUCUAUGUACAACCUGAGAUGCGCUGCGGAAGAAAACUGCCUGGCCAGUUCAGCAUAUAGGGCGGAUGUCAGAGACUAUGACCACAGGGUACUGCUACGAUUUCCUCAGAGAGUGAAAAACCAAGGGACGUCUGACUUCUUACCAAGCCGCCCCCGCUACUCCUGGGAGUGGCACAGCUGCCACCAACAUUACCACAGCAUGGAUGAAUUCAGCCACUACGACCUGCUGGAUGCCAGCACACAGAGGAGAGUGGCCGAGGGCCACAAAGCAAGCUUCUGUCUGGAGGACACUUCCUGUGAUUAUGGGUACCACAGACGAUUUGCCUGUACUGCACACACACAGGGGUUGAGUCCCGGAUGUUAUGAUACUUAUGCAGCAGACAUAGACUGCCAGUGGAUUGAUAUUACAGAUGUACAACCCGGAAAUUACAUUCUAAAGGUCAGUGUAAACCCCAGCUACCUGGUGCCUGAAUCAGACUACAGUAACAAUGUCGUACGCUGUGAAAUUCGCUACACAGGACAUCACGCCUAUGCCUCAGGCUGCACCAUUUCACCGUAUUAGAAAGAAGCUCACUUCCCAAAGGAUGAAGCAGUACCUGGUGUUUGGACCUAUGAAAACCGUAGAUUAGCUUAAGUAGGAAGACUUAGAUAUUUUAAAAGGCAAACGGAAAAACAACAAAGAAGGUUUUGUUUGGACUCUUUCACAACAAAUCACAUAACUGGAUUUUGAGUGUUUAAAUCAGCAUUAGAUUGGCACAUUUUAAAUACUUAUUCAUGUUGCUUUAUGAAGUAAUGGUGUUUCAAUUCUGUGGGUGCAUAGUGGGCUCUUUCAAAGAAUUCUGAAUUUCUUACCUUCUUUUGAAAUUAUAGUGCAAAAAGAAGAGGAUAUUUUAAUGAAUGAGCCACAAUUUGAACUGAUUACUUUCUAAAGUGCAGACCCAUGAGACAAUGAUGAUGGGUUUGUAUUUGCCUCAACAUAGAUUGCUUUUUAAAAAGGUGUUCCUAUUGUAUAGGCAAAAAUGGAUACACUUGGUGCUGAGGAAGGGUCAAAUACCUAACUAUUGUUGUCACGAAAUAUAGGUCUACAGCAGAGAGAUGGUGAAGUAUAUAUUCAGAUAGUUACAUCCCUAUAUAAAACUAUGUUUACAUUUUAGAUGCUUUUCUUUCUGUUAAUUGCUUAAUCUCACUCUGACUUGAGUCAACUUCUGUUUUGGAAUGAAUUAGAUAAUUCCAGAUUCUGGUUUGAUAAUUGUUGACAUUCCCCCCAUGCUACUUUUUCUGAGGGCAGAAACGUCUAAUGUGACGAUCUUCACAUUACCAUUACGAGGAUUCACAGCACAGCGAAAUCAUUCCGAUGACAGGUGUGAUAGAUGGAGAGCUAACAUGCAACUGCCGAGUGUUUCACUGUUAGCCAGAACUAAGUCACUGCCCACACAGCAAUUACACCAUGAAUCUCUAACAUCACAACCUUCUUUCAAAUACUGUAAAAAAAAAAAAUACUGGAAAACCUUUUUAGAUUUGUUUCAAUCUACCACGCUUCUGAAAUGUUCAGCUAUUAAGGGGAAUGUCAAUAUAUAUAUACAGCCCAAAUUAGCGAAGCCCAAAUUAGGGAAGCACAUAGCAUGGCAUACUUGAGAGGUUGGCAAACAAGAGGGAAGCAGGUACUUUCUGCAAAAACAGGGACUGUGCGCCACAAUGAGACCGCUGUGACCUUACUUCAAACUGUGAAACUGUGUGCAGCAGUAGGAUUUGGAGUCUUAAAUUCAGAAGGAGCAGAAAGAAAGAGAGUUAGACGUUUGAAUUCCUGGUGCUUAUGCUGACGUUUUCUCUCAUUUGCCAGCAUUAAAAUCUCAAGUAAGGUGUCUCCUGUGCCAGGACGUGUCAGGUAGACCUUUCUCAGUGAGCUGGAAUCCUGCCUUCUGUGUCAUAGAGUUGUAAGAGCAGCAGUUUCUACCCAUCAUGCUGUGUACUCACUGCUGCAGAGCAAGUGGGAGGGGCCAGAGAUGGGCCGUCCCCAGGGGCGGAUAGCGCGGUACACUUAAUUCUCUUCUGCCUGAAAGCACACUUCCCCGUAAGCGAAUACAGACAGAACUUUGAUUGAGCUGGUAUCUGACCGAUAGGAUUGCUUCUUUGAUGUACCUCUUUGACCUAGCUAGCAUUUCAGCUUUGAUACUGCAGAACGAUCUUUUCAAAUUAUAAUCAUUCUGAUAGAGAUAUCUUAAUAGACGUGCUUUUAAAAACAAAACGGAAACUACUGUCAGUAUGAAUACUGAGCCAGACUGGCAUUCAUAGAUUUAACAACUUGUAUUUCUAAGAUUCUUAACUCUAUAAAAGUAAUAUGGCUUUUAGAUAUAUAGGAUAAUAAUUUCAGUGAGACCGUUAUCUCUUUACUCAACAUUAUGUUAGGGACAGUAUAAGCCAAGCACUUACCUGUUACACAUUGGAGACUAAAACGACUGCCCCCAACCUUAGUAAGUAUGAAAACUAGACUCACAUUAUUUCAUUUUUAACUGCUAAAAGUAUGUCUAUAGAAUUUAAAAUUUAAGCACUACUAUUUGUCCUGGCCACAUUUUUCAAAAAUUAAGUUAAAAGUUAUUAAUUAUAUACAGGUGUGUAUUUCUAAUAAUUAAAAUACCUUUCAAAUCCAUGGAAUGUCUGCCUUUUAAAUGUAAUUUGGGCUUUUUUGUUUGAUUCUUUUUCACUUAACUAGCUGUUUAUUUGUAAACAUUUCUUUCCACGAUUUAAAAACACUUCCAAUCGGCUUUACUUCCUGAUUUAGCACUUCCUAUUUUGACCCUUGGGCAUCUGUUCUUCGUUUAAUUGGUGUAGAAUAAUGAUAAAAAUCCCAAGCUAGUCUAACCAAACUGCAUUCUUAAGAGUACUAAGUGGGAAUGAUGCAAAGUUCAUCAAGAAUUGAAAAGAAGCCGGUCUUUGCACUAAGGAAGACAGCAUAAUUAAGUCUUCUCGUUGCCAUCUGAGUAAUAUCAUGAUAUGGGGACCGCAGAAUCCAUCUCCGGUGGGAUGAUGGUAUAGCUUUCCUAGUUCCAGAAAAAUCUCCUUCACAUUUUAUAUAAUAAUUUAAUCACAAUGUCCAUCGAAUUCUUCCUUAGGCAUUCUUUGUAACAGUAGUGUGCUGCUCUUUAAAAUAUUAACCUCUGACACAUGUGUGAACCUCAUUCCCUGUGGUCACUAAAAUUUCUUCCCCACUGAGCAUCAAUCUUUAGCAGAUUUUAGGAAAAUACUGAAUUCUUAGUCAGGAAAUAUUUUAGGAAUAAUCUUGCUAACAGUAUAUUAAGUAAUAAAAUUACCCACUCUAUGUGUGUUUCAUUUUUUUUAAUUCACAUAGACAAUGGUUUUUAUAAAGCAAUGAUUUCAAUUUUUCCCAGCUACCCAAAGUCCUGGUUAAUUUGUGAACACAAAUUUUGUUAGCCUUCAAGUUUAAACGGUGCUGAAUUGUCUUAACUUGAAUGUAAAAAUGGAUUAAGGCUUAUCUCAUGGGACACAAACAUGUCCCAUAUGACUGCUUGCUGCGUACUAGGGGACAUGCCAUUUGGUGUUAAAUUGUCUAUAAUAAAGUUCGGUUUCUCCCA